AAUUCUGAAAAUAAUAAAAUAAUGGAAUAGUAAUAAAAAAAUAUCGAUCAGGAAUUCAUGAUUGAGUUAAUGAUAUAGAAUAAAAUUGUUUAUUGCGCCGACGCUGAACGAUAGUCACCCUCCAGAGAGGUUUGAUAUCGUUGAGUCACCGGACAGAGGGUUGUAGGCCGAUAUUGUUGCGCUUGCGCGUCUAAAUUGUCUAAAAAAAAACAACCCUAUCGUUUGGAUAUUCACUUGGCAUAAUCAGUAGCGAUAGUAGAGUAUUAAAUUGUUCAUUUUUAUAUUCUAUCAUGGUGUACAUGUGAAUACAGUUUUUAUGGCCUAUUUACGCCUAAUAGAAAAAGGAAAAGUAGAAGAUGAAGAAGAAAUUUAAAUUUUACAUAAAAAUUAAACGAAAAAAAAUCGAAAAAAGUAUCAAAAGAUAAAUUAUUGCUUUAUGAAUAGUGAUAAUAAAGAAAAUAUUGAAAGAAAUUACAUAAUUAUUUGAAGAAAAAAAAGAAAGAUAAUGAAUGGGUCACCACAAAAUUCAGAGGUUGUCGCCAUCAGGCGUGCCGGUACAGACAAUAGUGAUGAAGAGGAAUGGAGUGCCAUUGUUGAAUGUUCUGUAUUAGAAAGAUCCCCAUCAGAUCGUGUAACACGAGCAGAUGAAGAUCGUCGACGUCGGACUAUUAUUGUUGAAAAGAAAAACGGAACGUAUGGUUUUACGUUACAAAGUUAUGGAAUUCAUUAUAAACGUGAACAAGAAAUAGAAAUGGUAACAUAUGUUGAUUAUGUUGAAUAUGAUGGUCCAGCUUUUAAAGCAGGAAUGAGAGAAGGAGAUGUUAUUUUGUCAAUAAAUGGUCAUGAAAUGGAUCGAGCUGAUCACAAAACGCUCGUGAAUUUUAUUAAAAAUUGUGACUCACGAAUGCGGAUGGUUGUUUCAUUUGAGGAUUGUGUAAGAAAGGUAGAAUUACAUAUGCGUUAUAUUGAACUUCAAAGAGCAUUACAAUCACGAUUGGCUGAAUUAGAUAGACUGUGUGAAAGAGAACGGUCAAUAUUAAUGGGAAGAUGGAAAACUCAUUCACUUCCUGCAAGAAAGAAAGCUCCUAAUUGUGAUGAAAUCGAUGAUUCAACUUCAGUUACAUUAAAUACAUCUACUGUUCAAUGUUGUCGUCCAGCUGCUUCUAUUGAACAUUUACUAUUAUAUAGUGUAUAUGCAGAUGGUCGUCCAUGUCUUAUUCCACGAUCAACAGCAUGCUUAGUAACAAUAGGACCACCAAGAUCACGAAGUGAUCAUCAUUAUUUUUUAUCCAAAAAUUCUAUUGAUUCUAUAAGUCUGGCACGUCACAGUUAUCAUCAAGCAAAUGGCCUACUUUCUACUCCUGCAAAAACAAAAUCUAGUCCAAAACCACCACCAUCACCACAGCCAUUGAACACAGAUUUGGAAAAUACACAUAAUACUUCUCAUAAUAAUUUAUGUGUAGCUUGUAUCUCUAGUGCUAAUAGUCAAAGACAGAGAGAUCCGGUUGACAGUGGAAAUUUAGAUGUUUAUGAUUUAGCAAGUCCUUGCUGUGAUCCAAAUUGCGUGCCAAGUAGAAGACGACGAGAAAAACAAAGACGGAUGAGAAAUGAGCAACAACAACAACAGCAGCAGCAAGAAAAACAACAGGCAGAAAAGCAGCAGAGACAACAGCAACAACAACAGCAGCAGCAGCAGCAAAAGCAACAACAUCAAAGUCAUAAUUGUUCAAGAGCAUCAGGGCACAGUCUUCAUUCAAUUACAAGCAGUGAUAUGUCAACAACAAUUGACAGUGUCGCUUCUUGUUCAACUUCGUUAAGUACUGAUACUCUUUAUUGGGAUCCUAAUAUCCAACAUCGACCACCAACUUGCAUUCAAUAUUCAAAGCCUAAAUCAUGGGAUAAUUUAACGACCAAAGCUUUUGGUGGUUAUGGAUUUGGUUAUGGCUAUCUAGACACAUCAACAAAAACUCACAGUGCUGAAAGACCUAAUAAAGGAUCUCAUCGUUCUAAAACUUCAUCAGGAUUAAAUCAACGUAAAUCAGUUUCUAGGUCACAUUCUAAUAGUUCAACUAGUACACAAAAACAUUUUCAACCUACUAAAUCUACAGAGAGUUUACUUGUUCAGAGUCCUUAUCAGAGUGAAAUAGAAUCAAAUCAUAGCUGUGAGUGUCUUGAUAAAUCAGAGACAAGAAGUGUUCAUGACAAGCCUAAAAGACAUGAAGAAUCUGGAUAUUCUGGACAUCAUCAUCAUCAUCAUCACCAUCAUGAUCAAAAUCACCAUCAUCAUCAUCACCAUCAUCAUCAAGGAAGACAUAGAAAAAAUAGUCAUUCAGAUAGUAAAAUUAGAACCAAUAAGACUACAGAAGUUACUCGAUUGUAAUGAGGCCUAGUUAUAUAUUAAUGUAUCGAAAAACUAGGUAUCAAUUUUCAUUAA